AUGGACCACAAGCAGUUAGAUGACCUCGCCAUCGAAAACUUCAGGCAGUACCUCCGGAUCAAAAGCGUUCAUCCUAAUCCGGACUACGCAUCGUGUGUGUCCUUCUUCCGGACUCAGGCGGAAUCCACGGACCUGGAAUUCUUCGUUCACGAGUUCGUGCGCGGGAAGCCGGUGAUAGUGAUGAAAUGGGACGGAACGGACCCCCAGCUGCCUGCGGUGAUGCUCAACUCGCACAUGGACGUGGUGCCCGCCAGCAAGGACGAUUGGACGCACGACCCGUUUGGUGCCGACAUGGACGAGGAGGGGAGGAUCUUCGCAAGAGGAGCCCAGGACACCAAGCAGCUGGCCAUCAUGGCCGUGGAGGCGGUUCGCCGUCUGAAGAUGCGGGGUGUCAAGCUGCGCAGAAACGUUCUCAUCACCGUGAUGCCAGAUGAGGAAAUAGGAGGCGCAGAUGGCAUGGAGAAAUUCGUGCAGUCUGAAGACUUCCAUAAGCUGAACGUUGGCUUCGAACUGGACGAGGGUCCAGUUUCGCCUGAGGAGGAAUACGCCGUUACCAAUGGCGAAAGGAGCUCAUGGAAAGUCAAAGUGCGCUGCCGAGGAUUCACUGGACAUGGCUCCAUCCCCGUGCCUGGAACUCCUGGAGAAAAACUGCGGAUCGUCCUGGAUCGCUUCAUGGACUUCCGCCAAGAAGAGCUGGACAAACUACAGCAAGAUCCCAACCUAUGGAUGGCCGACAUCACCAGCACGAAUCUCACCAUAGUCGAGGGAGGGUCUGCACUGAACGUAAUCCCACCCGAGAUGUCUGCAGUGUUCGACUUGCGCAUCAAUCCACUGAUGGACUUCGACAAGCUGGAGGAGAAGAUCUGGCAAUGGUGCUCAGAUGCUGGAGAAGGAGUUGAGCUCGAGUUUUUGGCAAAGCAAGAUAAGGUACCAACCACUCUUAUCGGCGCAGACAACAAGUGGUGGACAGCCUUCCAGAAAGCUACCGAAAAACUGGAAAUGAAGAUAAAGCCAUUGAUUCUUCCAGCAACCUCUGACGCCCGCUUCAUAAGGAGGGCUGGAAUUCCUGCGCUGGGAUUCAUGCCGAUAAACAACACUCCACUACUUCCGCACGGGAUAGACGAGUACAUUACAGCGGCCUCCCUGCUGCGUGGCAUCGACAUCUUCCAGGGUGUGCUCCAGGAGGUCGCCAACGUCCUGUAGAGGUCUCCAGGGGCAGACACUUACCCACUUAGCUGGGCACCGCUCGUGGUUGAAACCACCAACCCUUCUGUACCCAUAUUCGAUUAAGACAUUAUGGGCAACAUUCACACUAUACACAGCAUUUAAUUUCACAAAGUAACAGCCAAAAACUUUAGGACUUCUUCGAAGUCACCAAGCACAGACAUCACAUUUCACAGAAGAGCUUUUGUAAGGUUCGCCUAUGACAAACCACAAAUAAACGUUGGAAUACACAGUAUAUAACUGAAGACACACCUCUGGUGUGGAAAAUAGAAACUGUUCAGAGAACAAAAAUACCUUGUUCUUUUACUGGGGUGAAAUAAAUCAACUUUAUGUGUAUUA